UUGGCUGUGGAAAAUCUGGAACUUACUAUCUCACUAUGGAGCAGGAAUCGCAGGUCUCCGAGCUGCAGAAAGCAUCAAUCAGCAACCCAGCAGACAUUUCCGUCAUCUCCUUCUACUUCCUUGUGGUCAUCGGAGUCGGACUGUGGUCCAUGUGCCGGACCAACCGGGGUACUGUUGGGGGAUAUUUCUUGGCUGGUAGGAACAUGGUGUGGUGGCCGAUUGGUGCUUCCCUGUUUGCCAGCAAUAUUGGCAGCGGGCACUUUGUGGGUUUGGCAGGCACCGGAGCAGCUAACGGCCUCGCUGUGGCAGGAUUCGAGUGGAACGCAAUGUUUAUUGUUCUUCUCCUUGGAUGGCUCUUUGUCCCAGUUUACCUCACAGCUGGGGUCAUCACAAUGCCACAGUACCUGAAGAAACGCUUUGGAGGCCAGCGAAUUCGCCUCUACCUUUCCAUUCUUUCCCUUUUAAUGUAUAUCUUUACCAAAAUCUCGGUGGACAUGUUCUCUGGGGCCGUGUUCAUUCAGCAGGCCCUGGGCUGGAACAUUUAUGUGGCUGUCAUUGCUCUCCUGAUCAUCACCACCAUUUACACAGUGACAGGUGGGUUGGCAGCCCUGAUGUACACAGACACUGUCCAGACUUUUGUCAUGAUUGGUGGCGCCUUUAUUCUCAUGGGCUUCACUUUUAAUGAAGUGGGCGGCUACCAGGGGCUGUUUGAGAAAUACAUGGAUGCCCUUCCCAGCCAGAUACACUCUCCCACGCCUUCCCUCUACAACAUCUCGGCCUCCUGCUACAUGCCCCGCGAAGACUCUUUCCACAUGAUCAGAGAUGCUGUCAGCAGUGACCUACCCUGGCCAGCUGUUAUCCUUGGUCUUUCCAUAAAUUCUCUGUGGUACUGGUGCAGUGAUCAGGUUAUUGUGCAGAGAUGCCUGGCUGGGAAGAACCUCACCCACGUCAAAGCUGGCUGCAUCCUUUGUGGCUAUCUCAAAUUACUGCCCAUGUUUCUCAUGGUAAUGCCAGGCAUGAUCAGCCGGAUCCUGUAUCCAGAUGAAAUCGCCUGUGUCAUCCCAGAAGAAUGCAAACGAAUCUGUGGCACAGAAGUUGGCUGUUCUAACAUUGCCUACCCUAAACUGGUGGUGUCCCUCAUGCCAAAUGGUCUCCGAGGACUCAUGUUGGCUGUGAUGCUGGCUGCUUUGAUGAGUUCACUGGCUUCCAUCUUCAACAGCAGUGGCACCCUCUUCACCAUGGACAUCUAUAACCGGCUGAGGCCACAGGCCAGAGACAAGGAGCUGUUGAUAGUGGGCAGGGUGUGGAUCCUCCUACUGGUGGGGGUCAGUAUUGCAUGGAUCCCACUGGUGCAAGCAGCCCAGGGCGGACAGCUUUUCGACUAUAUCCAGUCUGUCAGCAGUUACUUGGCCCCGCCCAUUGCCGCCAUCUUCCUCCUUGGAGUCUUUGUCAAAAGGGUGAAUGAACAGGGUGCAUUCUGGGGGAUGGUAGGAGGACUAGCCAUGGGCAUGGCCCGGAUGAUCCCGGAAUUCAUUUAUGGGACAGGGAGCUGCCUCUUCCCCGGGGCCUGCCCUCGUCUGAUCUGCGGGGUCCACUAUCUCUAUUUUGCUAUCAUCCUCUUCUUUGUCACAGCUGCCAUCAUGAUCGGCGUUUCCCUCUGCACCUCACCUAUCCCAGAUAAACAUCUGCACCGCCUGGUGUUCAGCCUCAGACACAGUAAGGAGGAGCGGAUAGAUCUGGACACUGAGGAAGAGGAGGAGGCUAAGAAGAGGGAGGCAGCACGGCAGCGGCACCUAGAACAGACUGAGAUGGCAGCAGCCAAGAACGGGAAACUGGAGCAUGUGAUGGAGGUGGAAGGUCCCAAAGCAGCACCUUCCUGUAGCUGGCUGCGUCAGUGUGUUGGCUGGUUCUGCGGGCUGGGAACAGGCAGUGAAGAGCAGGCAGAGCCAAGCUUGGAGGCAAAAGCAGAGGAGAUGCAGCGCACGAUGGACAUCACGGAGCACCCAACUUGGAAAACUGUAGUCAACCUCAAUGCCCUCAUCAUGAUGGCCCUCUCCAUGUUCUUGUGGGGCUACUAUGCCUGAGUGCUCUCUGUGACCUUUAACCUCUGAUCCCCAUUCCUCCAAGGGUGCCUCUGAGGAACAACAGGAGCAACAAGAUGGAAGCAAAGCUGGUAGGGAACUUAAAGGCUACCAAGGCCCAACCACGUCUGCAAACCAGGAUUACCAAGCCUACUUAUAAUCACCUCACACCUAUCUAAAACUGCAAGCACCUGCAAGGCAAUACAAUGUCCUGGCUUAAAGACCAUUCACCGAUGCCAGCAAAUAUCCAACUGGAGGAAGAAAAAAAUAUCAUUGUUCAUUGGUGCUCGGGUGCCUAGGGCUUCCUUGGGCCCUGUUCAUUAUCCAUUCCUGUACCUUGGACAAGACAUGCACGCUUGACAACUGCUCACCCACAUCCCCUCCCUCCUCCUUUGUUAUACACACCUGACCCUCCCAAAUGCACACACCCCUUUCUCACAGUUUUCACUCCUGCAUCAUAAUCCAAAAGAUUAUGAACCCCCUCAAAUUCAUACCUCACUCGCAGCUGUUCUGAUCCAGGUUUAGGGAUGACAGAAAACAUGUUAAUAAACCAGAAAACAACUGA